AUGGCGUGGCUCCUCGCGGUCUUUGCUGUCGCACUACUUCUCGGCGUCGUCUCGGCGGAGCUGCGGGUCGAGCGCGAGCCUCGUCACGCGCCCAGAUCAGGCAAUCAGGAUGAUGUUCAGGACUGUGAAGCGAUCAGCUGGGCAGAUCUUUGUGAACGUCAGUUGAUUUCUGGUGAUUGCUUUCAGCUCCAGCCCGGCACAUCGCCUGCGAUGCGCUGCCAGCUGCGCGGACCCGCGUCGGCCCAUGCUCCGCUGCGGCCGGCACAGCUGCGCGCAGCAGCACAGGGUGUGGUGACCACCUGUGGGACGCCAGGGGAGCUACGCAUCACCGGGCAAAUCCAGAUGAUUUCACUCCGCCUUGAAGCUGAGACCAUUGUCUUUGAAGAUGCUCAAGUGGAAGCGUGGCAUGAAACUCCAGAUCUCUCCAUCGAAACGGGCGGCGCAUUUCACAGCGAAGGGCCAUUGACCUUGACAAGAUCGAAUCUCACAGUCAAAACCACUGGAGCAAAGAAGGGUGGCGGCCUUGCAGCAGUGCCGGGGAGUUUGGUUUCAUCCAGCCUUCGAGUGCUGAACACUGCAGCCGGGAAAGUCUGGCGGGGGUUUGACGGAGAGGGCGCAUUGAGACUACGUGAGCUCUCCAAAGUCCUCAUUGAGAACGUUGUCGCAAAGAACAGCUUCGGGGGUGGCUUUGUUGUGGAGGGUGACGCUGACAUUUCGGACAGUGGGUUGAUUGACAUCAAGAAUGCCAGUUCUGGUCGUGGUGGUGGUGGCUUUUUUGCCCGGAACUUCGAGUUGACAAAUCAUUCAACACUACGCGUUCAGAAUGCCACAGCUGAAGGGUUCGGUGGAGGAUUCAUUGCAUCCAACGGCGCUGUUAUUGCAGGCAACUCAACACUCAACCUUCAGACGGUGAAAGCUGAGACACAUGGAGGAGGGUUCCUGUGUGAAGCGGUUGAUAUAGGUGGAGGCUCGACAGUAAAGAUUUCCAACAGCCACGCAGAAACCGCAGAUGGGGGAGGUUUCAGCGCUCUAACAACGUCGAAAGUAUCCAAUGGUUCUUCUCUCAUCAUUGUGAAUGCAACAGCACGAAAUGGUGGAGGAUUCGUUUCCAAUGAUGCAGCGAUUUGCAACUCUACCGUCACCAUUCAGCAUGCUACAGCUACAGCAUUCGGUGGAGGUUUCCUUGCACUCGAAGGGGUGGUGAUUGAUGAAAAGUCGAAUGUGAACAUUUCUGAUUCAGCAGCCUUAAAUGGCGGUGGUUUUCAUGGGGACAGCCGUUUGCAGGUGACAAACCAGUCAACGCUCAACCUUCAAAAUGUGAAAGCUCGCAAUCAAGGAGGUGGGUUCAAUUUCCUAGGAGAGGUCGAUAUAAGUGGAGACUCGACAGUGAAGAUUUCCAACAGCGAGACAAAAUCUGGAGAUGGGGGAGGUUUCUACGCACUAAAAGGGUCAAAAGUAUCCAAUGGUUCCUCUCUCCUCAUCGUGAAUGCGACCGCACGCAAUGGUGGAGGAUUCGUUUCCAAAGAUAUAGCUGCGAUGUGCAACUCUACUGUCAGCAUUCAGCAUGCUACAGCUAGAGAGAGCGGUGGAGGUUUCGUUGCAUUUGACGGGGUUGUGAUUGAUGAAAUGUCAGUUGUCAGCAUUUCUGGAGCAGUAGCAGGAGCAGGCGGUGGUGGCUUCUCUACGUCUAACCCAGACAAACGUUUGCAGGUGACAAACCAGUCAACACUCAACCUUCAAAAUGUGAAAGCCAAAUUCGGCGGAGGAGGUUUUCUUUCCCAAGGAGAGGUCGAGAUAGGUGGAAGUUCGGCCGUGAAGAUUUCCGACAGCCACACAGACUUUGGAGAUGGGGGAGGCUUUGAAGCAAGAAAGGAACUAAGAGUCUCCAACGGCUCCACCCUGGUCAUUCGGAAUGCAACAGCAGGAGGACUGCUUGGUGGAGGAUUUUAUGCUGGUGGCAAGGUUGCUGUGCGCAACUCAACAGUCAGCAUUCAACAUGCGGCAUCAGGACAAUAUGGUGGAGGUUUCUUUGCUAAUGGUGGCAUAGCCCUUGUCGAUGCAUCUACAGUUGCUAUGUCCGACACCCAUGCAGGGGUAGAUGGUGGUGGUUUCAAGGUUGCCACUGUGCUGGCGAUCCACAAUAGCUCAAUGUCAAUGGCCAACUCUACCGCCGCGCGGACAGGCACUGCAGGUCACGUGGAUGGUCAGGUGCUUCUUUCUUCUCAGUCCAGUUUGGACAUUCAUCAAGCAAAAGGUGAUGGAAACUCUGCCGUUUUGGUAGCAAGCUGCCUUCAACUCCAUCCUGAGUCGAAUGUUGUCCUUGACGGCAUCAUUGGGGGGCAUGGGUUAGACUUGCAAAACAGCUGUUCCUUUUCUCCUUGCACAAACACCACCUUCCAAGUGGCAGAUAGCGCAGCCCUGAGCGCAAGUGGCCGCUUGAGCUCAGGCCUUCUAUCAGCAAAAGUUUGCCCUCAUGAAGAGGUGCGCCUCUCAGGCAUCCAUUUGUGCUCUUGGAACAGUUCACUCCUCACCACACGCCCAACGUCUGUGGUGGUAGACGAUGUCAGCAUCCACUACCAGCCACCAGUCAACAACUUGCAGAUACUAGCUGCUCAGGACAGCUUCAGUAUCGACUCCCUGGCCAUUUCAUGCCCGGACUGUCCGCAGGGAGUGACCUUCAAAGCAACAGAGGACGGAAUCUUGCAAGCUCUGAGCCCAGAAGACCUCCAAUGCUCCAAGACCUUCACGGUGUCCAAUAACAUGACGCCACGUUGUCAUUGCAGAGACCCCCAGAUCACCAACGAGGACUUUGGCAAUAGAAAGCUAGUGUCUCUAAAGGAGGUUUUCCAGACGUGCAUGUUCUGUAACAGGCACUCCUACUUCCAGGAUGGCAUAUGUCUCCCUUGUGAGAUCUACCGAGGUUGGUCUGAUGGCGAACGUGACGUGUGCCAUUGGCUGCCACGCAAAAAGCUUGAGCGUGUAAUCCUGAUCACAGGUGCAGCAGUGUUGGUGAUCCUGACAUUCAUCGUGUUCGAGAUCCUUCACGCUCCUUUGGUGAUUCUUGAUGCCAGGUCUGAUAUGGAAGACCCGUCGGACAUGGCAGCCAAGAAGAUCUUCACUAUCUCUGUGCAGGGUCCUAUCGCCAGCCUUCCGAAGAGCAUAUCUCAACUGGUGCACAAGAACAUCCAUUAUCGGGCAAGCGGAACCGAUCUACAGUGGCUGGAUUUUGAUCCACAAAAGCCGAAGGCAAUCAAGGUUUGCAGCUUGGCACGGAGGAAGCUUUUGCUUCAAGAUGCACACGUGCCAGUUGAUUGUGCUUCCUGCAGGGGGUCGCUGGACGCUACCGAGACGUCUUUCCUCUUCACCCUCCUCAUUGCCUUGUUUUUUGUGCUUGCAAUGCUGCCCACCAUGAUCAUCGUCACAGUCAUGUCUAGGAAUGGCUUUGAACAUACCUUUGUCACUGCUGUAUUCGUUCUUGCGCUUCCAAUGGCGGUUGUGGCUGCAGUGCUGCACUGGCCGCUGGCAUGGCUCAUUCAACGCCUUUACCGUAUAACGCCCUUCUCAGAAGCUUUGGAUGCCUACCAGAAACGAAUCCACUGCAAUCCUCAUCCAGGGCCCGAUGCAGCCCAUCCUCACAACCAGGGCCUGUUGGUUCCUACCAUGCAUGGAUUGUGGAAACACUUUGAGAGCUUCAUUUUGGAGCGGAAUAUGCACUUUGUGGUGGCCAAUAUUGUAAGGCCCUUGACGAAAAGCAAUGGUGUGUCCUUCGUGACUCUUUGGGGUGGCAGGCAAGUGGAUUACUUUGUGUCACAUUCCUGGGGCACGAGCUUCUGUCAUUUCGUGCGUUCCAUCCGCUGCCAUGCCCUCUCCAAGGAAGGCCCUACAUCUUGGAUGGAUGCAGCUUAUUGGAUUUGUUCUUUUGCCAACAACCAGUGGAAUAUCGGAGCUGAACUGGCCGACAAUCCCAUGGAUAGCGCUUUUGCAAGGGCCUUGAGGGGUGGCAUUAAGGGAGUUGCCAUGGUGUUGGAUCGCGAGGUGCAACCGCUCACACGAGUUUGGUGCUUGUUCGAGUUCCUCCUGUCCAGUCAGGAGCAACUGGAGCUGGUCUUCGCUACUGACGUGGGAGUCGUGGGUGACGACGAAUGCACUUCAUUUGACAUCGCCUUGGAAGUGGGCAAGAAGAUUGAGCGCCUACAGGUAGCAGAGUGCCAAGCAUCAAGUGACGAAGAUAAGAAAAAGAUCUUUACAUACAUCAUUGACACCUUGGGCAGUUUGGAGAACAUGGAUGUGCGGAUCAGAUAUUCGAUGGGAGAGAUGCUGAAGAGGAACUUGGCAAAUGCUGGAAGUGCGACUGAUAGCCUGCUGCGCAGGCUAGGGCUAGGUCAAAACUAA